AAAAGAGGAAGAUUGGCAACAGAUGCUAGCUCAGGUGAAUCUUAAAAAAAAAAAAUUUGUGUAUGUGAGCAUGCACCCCAAAACUGAACCCUAACAUUUUGGCUAAUCAAGAACAUUUGCAGCAGAGGAAAUAUUUUUCUCCCAAUUUCAUAUACAUUCAUUUUCUUGAUGAACAAUUUCAAAAUAAGGAACUUGUGUAGCUGGUAAUAAUAUCAAUACAACAGGAAAAAACAGUUUAUAUUAACUGGAUAUUCUCGUUUUUACUUUUUAUAAGGCAUACAGUAAAAUAUAUUAGAAGAGCAUAUCUUAAACCUGUCCUUUUUUUUCUUUUAGUUUUCAAGUUUUCAUCUGUCUAUUUUCAUGCAUAAAUUUAUCUAAUAGAAGCUAUAGACUUUUUCCACCUUCCUUCCCCCACCCUAUCGUAAUGUAAAAUUAUCCUCCCUUCCCAUAAUAGUUAUAAUAAUGCCCUGCCCUAUUGGACUCUGAUCUUCUUUUAGCAAUUCAUUUUUCAUUAAGUGCUAAACUUUAACUAGAAGACUGAGGAUAAAAGGCAAGACAGUGCCACACAAACAGUCGCUUUGACAGGUUUACUGACUGAAUCAGGAAGUGACCAUGACCUGCUGUGAAGGAUGGACAUCCUGCAAUGGAUUCAGCCUGCUGGUUCUACUUGUGUUGGGGGUAAUUCUCAACGCCAUACCGCUAAUUGUCAGCUUAGUUGAUGCAGACCAAGUUUUUCAAAACCCCAUCUCUUGCUUUGAGUGGUGGUUCCCAGGAAUUAUUGGAGCAGGUGUGAUGGUCAUCCCAGCAACAUCAAUGUCCUUGGCAGCAAGAAAAAGAGCAUGCUGCAACAGUAAAGUUGGGAUGUUUCUUUCCUCGCUUUUGAAUAUAAUCACAGUCAUUGGUGCUGUGUAUUGCAUGUUGGUAUCUAUCCAGGCUCUCGCAGAAGGUCCUCUCAUCUGUAACUCUCAAGGCAACAGUACUUCCAGUUGUGAAUUUUCAUUUAAAAACUUAAGGGACAUUCAUCUAGAAUCCUUCAAUGUGCGGUGGUUCUUCAAUGAAUCUUGCGUAACUUCUACUGGUUUCGCUAAUCCCACCAACAACGACAUCAUGGCCAGCAACUGGGGGAAAAACAGCUUGAAUUCUACAGAAAACAAAUACAGGAUUAUCCAUUUCUCAGUAUUUUUAGGUCUCCUGCUUGUGGGGAUUCUUGAGCUCCUGUUUGGACUCAGUCAGAUAGUCAUCGGUUUCCUCGGCUGUCUGUGUGGAGUCUCCAAGCGAAGAAGUCGAAUCGUGUAAUUUAGUGGCAAUAAAACAGAACUAUUAGCAGUUUGAAUCAUUUGAGAAUUACAUUUAAAAGACAUUCUUUUAGACGUCUGAAGUUCAAUAGUGGAAUAUUAUCUAGACAGCUGCAUGAGUCAUUUUAGUCCAAAAGAUUGUUUUUAAAGUCACCUCUCAGGUGAUUAAAAAAAAAAAAUCAAACUGUUACAUAGAAAGCAUGUUGGUAAAUGCAUAACGCUUCCAUAUGGAAAGGAAAAAUCAACAGUAGUUAACUUUCGGGAGAAGUAGAGAGGAACUUUCAAUUUGUUUUGUAUUUUUCUGCAGAAUUUUCUAACUCUAUAGUCUUGUGUGGAAAGAGGAAGGGCAGCGGGUUGGGGGGGGGGAGAAAAAGGGAGACGGGAGGGAGAAAAAGAAGGAACAGAAGUUAUCCUGGAAGUGAAAGUGUGGGACUUUUGUAUUGUAUUUCUUUAUACUUCUUUUUUUUCUUUUUAAGAUUUUAUUUUUCCCUUUUCUCCCAAAGCCCCCCA